AUGCGUUUCCUCGCCUCAACUGCCACGCUUGCUAGCGUAACUUCCAUGGCUUCUGCCACUGGCCUUCUCCUUCCUCUCUACGUCUACCCUUCGGCUGAGUGGCAGGACGGAGCCGCCAAUUGGAACCCAGUGUUCAGUGCUAUCGGUGCUUAUCCCGACCUCAAGUGGACGAUUGUCGUCAACCCAGAGAAUGGACCUGGUUCAACUGGAGAGGCAGGCAACGGCGAUGUCAACUACAUCACCGGAAUCUCGAAGCUCAACGCCUACGACAACGUGAACACCGUGGGCUACGUCCGAACUAACUAUGCCGCCACUGCCCUCGAGACCGUCAAGAGCGAUGUCACCACCUUCGCCGGCUGGACAUCCUACACCGACUCGGAUGUCUCUGUCCACGGCAUCUUCUUCGACGAAGUGGCCGCCGACUUCGACUACAUGAACGAGGUCAUCACCCACACCCGCUCGGCCUUCAAGGAGUCCAUCACCACCAUCUGCAACUUCGGAGUCGCCGCCUCGGAAGAGUUCUACACCAUCUGCGACAUCGUCGUUGCCUUCGAGAGCUGCCUCAACUGCUCAACCGCGCCCCAGUACAAGAGCCAGACGACCAUUGACGCCAACAUCCCCAAGGACUACGCCUCCCAGGCCUCGAUCAUCCUGAACAACUUCAGCGGCACUGCCUACGACGGCUCGACGGCCAAUGCGGCUCUCAUCGACUCCUACGUUAGCACCAUCGCUAGCAACGGUGUUGGAUGGUUCUACUUCACCUCUGCCGACUACAACGACAUCACGACUGCCCCCGCUACUGUUGGCCAGAACGCCGACUCUCUAGCCAAGGCCAUUCUGUAA